AUGCUGGAGACGUUGCCGUGUGAGAUUCUGAUGCUGAUCGCCGAUUGGCUGCCACCCGCCCACCUACGCGCUCUCAGCCGAGUCUCGUCGAAAUUAUAUUCAGUUUUGGUUCCUCACAUCUACCGUACCAUUGCAUUCCACGCAGCAAGUGAGUGGGCGCUGAACGUUCUGGAUGUCGACUCCUUCUUUCUCCACCUCGGUCAAUCCCGGUCCGUAGGCUACCUUCAGCACGUGAGGAACCUGCAAAUCCAAGCUCCAUUUCAUCUCGUCCGGUUUAAUCGAUAUGCAUAUUACAACAUCUUUCGCGCGGCGGGGCUGCCGGAGUCUCCGACCAUAUUAGGAGCUUCGGACGAGGCGACGGCAUAUCAGCAAUUUUUGGACGACGUAAAGGAUCAAUUGCAGCUAGUAUUCACCCAUUUGAAGCCCAAUAGCCUGAGCACUUUCGAGUCCGUAUACGCUAGUACCUAUUCUCGGGAUCUGUGA